UUAUUACAUAUUAAUAGUUGAAUAAUAUAGUAUUAUUAAGAUGAUGAGAGUGGCAGUGGUGGGUGGUGGAAUAAGUGGAUUGGUUUCAGCGUAUGUACUGGCCAAAGAAGGAGUGAAUGUGACUCUUUAUGAGAAAGAAGAUUAUUUGGGAGGCCAUGCCAAAACUGUGAAUGUUGAUGGUAUUGAUUUGGACCUUGGUUUCAUGCUCUUCAACCGGGUAUCUUAUCCUAACAUGAUGGAGUUCUUUGAGAGUCUUGGAGUUGACAUGGAAUUAUCUGAUAUGUCAUUCGCCAUUAGCCUUGAUAAUGGCCACACCUGUGAAUGGAGUAGCAGAAACGGUUUGUUUGGCUUGUUUGCACAAAAGAAAAAUGUGAUCAACCUUUAUUUUUGGCAAAUGCUAAGAGAAAUUAUCAACUUUAAAGAUGAUGUUACAAGAUAUCUUGAUAUGCUUGAUAACAACAAUUUGAAUAUGGACCGCAAUGAAACCUUGGACCAAUUCAUAAAGUCAAGGGGUUACUCUAAAUUAUUUGUGAAAGCAUAUCUUGUUCCAAUUUGUGGUUCUAUAUGGCCUUGCUCUUCUGAAGGAGUUAUGAGCUUCUCUGCUUUUUCUGUUUUCUCUUUUUUCAGAAAUCACCAUCAUCUUCAGCUCUUUAGAAGGCCACAAUGGCUAACUGUUAAAAGGCGCUCGCACAUUUAUGUUAAGAAGGUCAAAGAAGAACUUGUUAGAAGAGGUGGUAAAGUAAUAGUUAAUUGUGAGGUGGAACUGGUUUUAACAUCGAAAAAAGGAUGUGUUGUGCAUUGCAAAGAUGGUUCCAAAGAAAUGUAUGAUUUCUGCAUAGUCGCGACACAUGCACCUGACACUUUGAGAUUAUUAGGAGAGGAAGCAACAUAUGAAGAACAAAGAAUUCUUGGUGCUUUCCAAUAUGCAUAUAGUGAUAUUUUUCUUCACCAUGACAAAAAUUUAAUGCCUCUUAACCCAACUGCAUGGAGUGCAUGGAAUUUUCUUGGAUGUAACAACAACAAAGUUUGUGUGACAUACUGGCUCAACAUUCUUCAAAAUCUUGGUGAAACAAGAUUACCUUUUCUUCUAACUCUAAAUCCAAAUCAUACACCGAAAAAUACUCUUCUUAAGUGGUCAACUGGACAUCCAAUUCCAUCAGUUACUGCAUUCAAAGCUUCACAAGAGUUUGAAAAAAUUCAAGGAAAAAGAGGAAUUUGGUUUUGUGGUGCCUACCAAGGUUGUGGAUAUCAUGAAGAUGGAUUAAAGGCUGGCAUGAUUGCUGCAUAUAACAUUCUUGGAAGAUGUUGUUCCCUCCGAACGAACCCCAAACUCAUGGUACCUUCUUGGAAGGAACUUAGUGCACGCCUAUUUGUGACGAGAUUCUUAAGUUCCUAUAUUACCACUGGUAGUUUAACUUUAUUGGAGGAGGGGGGAACAAUGUUUUCCUUUGAAGGAAUUAAUAAAACAUGCUCUUUGAAGUGUGUUAUGAGAAUUCACAGUCCCCAAUUUUAUUGGAAGGUUAUGACACAAGCUGAUUUAGGCCUUGCAGAUGCGUAUAUUAAUGGAGACUUUUCCCUUGUUGAUAAAGAUGAAGGUCUUUUGAAUCUUUUUCUGGUUUUCAUAGCGAACAGAGAUUCAAAUGAUUCAAGCUCAAAAUUGAAGAAGAAUAGGGGUUGGUGGACACCAUUUUUCUUUACAUCGGGUUUAGCAUCUGCAAAUUUCUUCAUUAAGCAUUACUUUAGGAAAAAUACUAUCACACAAUCUCGUCGCAACAUCUCUAAUCACUAUGACUUGAGCAAUGAACUCUUUGCGCUAUUCAUGGAUGAAACAAUGACAUAUACAUGUGCAGUGUUCAAGGAUCAUAUCAAAAUUCUUCUAUGUGACUAUCGCCAACUACCGAAGACAUUCAAAUAUGAUAGGAUUAUAUCUGUUGGAAUGAUAGAAGCAGUUGGUCAUGAAUACAUGGAAGAGUUCUUCAGUUGUUGCGAAUCACUAUUGGCAGAUGAUGGGCUUCUAAUUCUUGAGUUUAUAUCAAUUCCGGACCAACGUUACGAUGAGUGUAGACGCAGCUCCGAUUUCUUGAAGGAAUAUAUUUUUCUAGGAGGAUGCCUUCCUUCUCUAAAUAGGAUAACAUCAGCCAUGGCUGCUGCAUCAAGAUUAUGUGUAGAGCACAGUGAAAAUUUUGGAAUUCAUUACUACCAAACAUUAAGGUGGUGGAAAAAGAACUUCCUUAAAAAUCAAAGUGAAGUUUUGGCUCUUGGAUUCGACGAAAAGUUCAUCAGGACAUGGGAAUACUAUUUUGAUUUUACUAGUGCAGGUUUUAAAUCACGAACACUUGGAAAUUACCAGAUAGUUUUUUCAAGGCCUGGCAACAUGACUACACUCAAGGAUCCAUACAAAAGCUGGCCCUCAGUAUGUUAGAGAAUAAGAAGCCAUGACACAUAAUAAUAGCAUACUAUAUUACAAAUUUCUUUAUUGACAAAUGGCAAAAGGAUAAAUCGAUGAUGAUCUUGUACUUUUUUGUUGCUCCUUGUUUUGUAAUUCAUAUUACCAUGCAUAAGGAUGUGAUUAUUUUAUUAAGUACUUUCUUUGUAGUUUUGUAUCAUAUAUUUUGUGUGACGAAUAAAAUGUGAAAGAAAAUAUAUUAUUGUUAGAUAA